AUGCGCCAUGGAAGGCCUUUCCUGGUCAAAGAGCAGCGCAGUGCUUCUCAACUGGGGGACAUACUGCUUGUGGCCUCCAUCACUAAGACUCUCUCAAGCUCAGGCACUCGCAACCUCCCCGACCCUCACACCCUUUCACUCUCCGAGCCUCUUCUGCUUCAAAUCCUCCGCGCCCAAUCCCUCCAGCCUUCCAAAAAACUCGACUUUUUCAAAUGGUGCUCUCUCACGCAUAACAUCAAACACUCGGCGCGCACCUACUCCCACAUCCUCUGCACCGCUUCCCGCGCCGGCUUCCUCCACGAGGUCCCUCAUUUGCUUCACUCCAUGAAAGAAGAUGGGGUUGUGGUUGAUUCCCAGACCUUCAAAGCCUUGCUCGACGCGUUUAUUCGUUCAGGUAAGUUUGACUAUGCGCUUGAAAUCUUGGACAUUAUGGAAGAGGUGGGUGCUAGCUUGAACACAGAUAUGUAUAACUCGGUUCUUGUUGCUCUGGUUAGGAAAAACCAGGUGGGUUUAGCGAUGUCCAUUUUGCUUAAGCUUCUGGAAGGAGGCUGCUCCUCCCAGGUACCCAAUUCCAUUGCCUCCAAUGAAUUGCUGGUUGCUCUUAGAAAAGCUGACAUGAGGGUUGAGUUUAAGCAAUCUAAGCCUCUUCAAGGAGAUGAAAGACUCUAA